AUGUCUAAUAGUGUUAGAAGAUCGUCUUCCAACAAGGGGGGGAUAAUACAAGAGAAACGAAAUAGUCAGGGAAAUGGUAAAGGACCCAUGAGAGGAGAAGGAGUACUUUCUGCACAACGUGAUAGACGAUUCAGUAUAAUAUCGGCUGACGAUGAUGAUGAUGAUGAUGUAAGUGAGGAGAGUGGUGAUGACGAUAAUAGUGAAGAGUAUCGAAAUAGAAUGAUAUUUGAUAAAGCACAGAGAGAAGUUGAUGCUAUAAUAGGCUCUAACAGUGAACGGUCUUACCCAGAUUCGUCGUCAAACUUCUCUUCGGAUGAUGAUGAUGAUGAUAACGUGGAUUUUGUGGAGUUGACCAAGCUGAAGAGGGCUAGAGCAAUGAAAGCUGCUAAGAGGAUCAGAUAUGGAAGAAACGCACAGAAAAAUAUAUCCAAACAAGUACCAACUUUUGAUCAAUCGAUAGAUCCAAAAGAUGAGGUGUCUGAUAGUAAUCCAGAGCUUGUUAAUGGUGGCUCUAGCGAGUUGGAAGUGGCCAUACCGGUAGAAGAACAAGAAUUGGACGACUCUCUAGUUGACGCAGUGAUACUUGAAGAGGAAAAAAGGCUGCCGGAACUGUAUGAAAGUUCAUCCACGGCGCUUACUAGUGACGAAAACUGUAAAGAGAGUGUAAGGAAUCCAGAUGAUCUGAUUGAUCUUGGAUUUGACUUUGAGUUUGUUCAGAAGAAGUCCGAGGAACCCAUACUGCCAAACCCAAUAGAGCAACUAACUAAUGAAGAUCUUGGAGAAGCUGUGCAGGAAUUACCACAAGUGGAGGCUAAAGUCUCAGAUGAGCCGGUGACUCUGGUUGUUCCCAAGAUUGAUGAAACAGAGCUCAAUUCAGAUGCAGAUUAUGACUUCGAUCCUGAUGAACUUAUACAGGCUUUACAGAAUGAUGACGAUGAGUUGGAGCUACUUGGUAAUAGUGAUGAAGAUUACAAUAACUUUUUGCGCGCUGGCAAUAUAGACAUAUCGAGUGAUGCUGAUGGUUCUACGAAUCUAAGGGGAAGUUAUUUGACUAAAGAGGAGACACAAGCUAUGGUGAAAGAACUGGAGAACAAAGAAAGCAUUACAGAUGGUUACGUGGAUGAGGUAGGCGAUGGUGAUAAUGAUAAAGAUAACGAUGAUGAAGAAGAAGAAGAAGAAGAAGAAGAAAAUUAUGCUGCAGGCGAAGACAAUGAUGAUGAUGAUGAUGAUGAUGAUUCACUGGAUAUUCUUGGAUUCAGAGAUAUAUUUGGAGGUGAUAAGCUACCUCGUGGCAGUCUUUAUGUUCCUCAAAGUGCGCUAUUUUCUGGGGAUGAAGAGGUCGAUGUGCUGAGUGAUGACGAAAAUGAAGAUUUUAGCAGUGAUAACGGGGAUGAUGAUGAUGUUGAUAAUAAUGACAGUGAAGAUGAUACAAAUCUACUCCACUACUUUUUCUCUUCCAGUUCGUCUGAAAGUGAAGCUGAUGAAACCACAAUGUCUGCCGAGGGAGAGAAUAGGAUUCAAGAGGAGGCCGCACAAACGGAUAGUGAAGUCACGGAUGAAGAUACAAAUCUUCGACCGAAAUCGAUACAUAUGCUUGGUAGUAAAAGAGCAAAGGAGGUUCUCUCAUCAUCAAAAAAUAACUUUCGUGCACCUAAGUUGGGUACAUUCCUUGUUUCUCGGUUUAAAAAACCUUUUGGUAUCAUUGAUGGAUAUUCUACUCGGUUUCUAUAUCCUAAAGGAAGCAAACUUUCUGUUCUCAAAGGAACGCUUGCUCCUCUAGAUAACACUAAAGGUCUUACGAAAGAGCAACGGCAACUUCUUCAACAAAAAACACAGAAGCAGGCUCAAGUGGGAGGCAGCCGAAUGAACCCUUCCGUGUCAAUUGACGAGCUUUUAAACAUCAGUGAAUUUGAAGAUGAUGCUAAAGUUGUUGACAAUGAGGGUUCCAACAAUUCCCGCUGGGACUCCUUCUUCAGCAAGAAGAGAGUCCCUCUUACUGCCUUCAGAAACAGAGGGCUGCUGAACAACGGAAUUGCCAAUAAUUAUGCAGAUGCAACCCGGAAAUAUACAUUUCAGACAGACUCGUCAAUGGUUCGUGGACCUCAUCGGCAUCGUCAUCAUCGUCACCACCAUCGUUGCACUGAGGAUCAUAACGAUGGGACUUUGCUAAAAAAGAAGCUUGGCAGCAAGUUAAAGGUGGAAACAAAGAAUUCCAAAAACCCAAAGGGCUCGAAGAACUCAAAGAACUCUAAGAAUUCCAAGAAGAUUGGAUUUCGCAAGGAUUCCGAUUUUGGUGAUGAAUUUGUGAUAGGUGUGAAAGAGCCUUUAAAGUUGAAGAAAGGAUCCAAGAAAAGAAUGGGACGAAAAAGUAUAGUAGAGGCCCAGGCAGAGGGGUACCGAGCUACCAAGUCAGGGUUAUUUAAUGAGGAUGUUCUGAAUGAUGUGGAGUCGUUACUGAUGGACAUUGGAGCAGCUGAAGAUUACAAUGUUCUCUUUAGCACGGAAAAGUAA